CGCUAAGUAGACCGCGAGAAUAUCCGCUGGCUUUCCUGUCCCUCCAAGCUUAACCGAAGUCCGACCUCGGGAUCGAAGACGUCUUGGCACGUCAAACGAUAACCACCGCCCUGAGUCCCUCUCAGUAGCUCCCCCGAAACCACGAACCCCAGCAUCAAACGCAGCGAGGUUUGCUGGCGAUCCGCCGAGAGAGAAGAUCCAUAAUCUCUGAACCGGUUCUAUAAAGCCGUCAUGUUUCCAAUUGCCAGACAGUCCGUGCUGAGGGCCGCUCGGUCACAGCUCUACCCAUCGCGGGCACUGAGCCAGUCACAGCUGUCCGCUCUCCAGCGGCUUCUUUCGACUCUCGCUGUGCUGGAGCAGCGGGAGGGAAAGCUCCAGCCCUCUUCGCUGGCUGCCAUUGCUGCAGCACAGAAGCUGGGUGGUUCAGUGACCGGAUUCGUUGCGGGCAACGCCAUCAAGGGCUCUGCAGCUGCCGAAGCUGCCAAGGUCAAGGGUCUGGAGAAGGUUAUUGCGGUCGAGAAUGCCGCUUACGAGAAGGGUCUACCUGAGAACUAUGCCCCCCUCCUCGUCGAGAACAUCAAGGCCGGCGGAUACACUCAUGUGAUUGCUGGACACUCUGCCUUCGGAAAGAACAUUCUGCCUCGCGUGGCGGCGCUUUUGGAUGUGCAGCAGCUUUCGGACGUCACUGCCAUUGAGAGCGAGGACACUUUCGUUCGCCCCAUUUACGCCGGAAAUGCUAUCCUGACUGUCCAGUCCGAAGACCCCGUCAAGGUUGUUACUGUGCGAGGAACCUCGUUCCAGGGCGCUGAGACUGAGGGUGGUUCUGCUGAGAUCGUCGACGGAGUCGACCCCAACGCGCCUUCUGCUACCGAAUGGGUAUCUGAAGAACUCGCCAAGUCCGAACGUCCUGACCUGGGAACCGCCUCUCGUGUCGUCUCUGGUGGACGUGGUUUGAAGUCGAAGGAGGAAUUCGACCGCAUCAUUCCUCCGCUCGCUGAUGCUCUGGGUGCCGCUAUUGGUGCGUCCCGUGCGGCUGUCGACAGCGGUUUCGCAGACAACAGUCUGCAGGUUGGUCAGACCGGAAAGAACGUCGCUCCCCAGCUGUAUCUGGCUGUGGGCAUCUCCGGUGCUAUCCAGCACCUUGCUGGUAUGAAGGACAGCAAGGUGAUCGCGGCCAUCAACAAGGACGCAGACGCUCCCAUCUUCCAGGUGGCCGAUGUCGGACUCGUGGGCGACCUCUUCGAGAAGGUCCCCGAGCUGACGGAGAAGGUCAAGCAAUAAACUAAGCGUUCAAUGUCCUUGUGUUGUUUUCUGCGUCCUCGAGUUGCGGGUAAGGUUUGUUUACGUUUGAGCAUGAAAUGUCUGUCUAUAGUAUACCACGUACGCUGUCUAGAGUAGAACGUCAGCGUAUGAGAAAGAAAAAGGCCAAAUUAAUAAAGACAUGAAAAUCCC